AUGGAACAAAGCGGACGUCAGUUGUGGAUAGAGCGAUGGAGAUGCGUCGCCUACAUGGUGGCUUUGGUAACGUUGUGGAGCGACGCCUCAGCUCAGAUCAGAUAUUCCAUCUCCGAAGAGGUGAAAGACGGAAGUGUUGUCGGAAACAUUGCAAAAGACUUAGGAAUUGAUAAGGCUACGCUGAAAGACAGAGAAUACCGUAUUGUUGGCAGUUCGGCGGAACCCUUUUUUCAUUUGAAUAACGACGACGGUAUCCUGUAUGUGAGUAGGAAAGUGGACAGGGAAGAGAUCUGUGAACGAAGCAACGCGUGUAUCAUCAACCUUAAAACCGUGCUAGAAAAUCCUCUAGAAAUCCAUUAUGUGACCAUAGAAGUGAUGGAUGUAAACGACCAUUCCCCCGUAUUUCCAGAGAAAGAGAAACGACUGGAGAUAUUUGAAUCGAAAUCACCGGGAGCGAGAUUUCAGCUCCAACCUGCACGCGACCCAGAUGGGGGCCAGUUUUCUGUUCAGCAGUAUAAACUGAGCCACAAUGAUCACUUUCGAUUGGAAGUUAAGGAGCGAGGCGAAGACCGUAAGAUGCCCUUUCUGAUUUUACAGAAGCAGCUAGACAGGGAGGCUAUGAGAGAACACAAGCUUCUGCUUACAGCUGUUGAUGGCGGGAGACCGGUGAGGUCUGGAACAACAGAAAUACUGAUCGAGGUGCUUGAUGUUAAUGACAAUUCUCCAGUUUUUACGAAACAUGUAUAUUCUGCUGUUUUAAAUGAAAAUGCAGUCCCUGGCACGUUAGUUAUUCAGGUUAAUGCGACAGAUUUGGAUGAGGGUGCGAACAGCGAAAUAGUUUACUCAUUUGGUAAAGAAAUGGAUAUACACGUGCAGAAACUAUUUAACAUUGACCCGAGGACUGGCGAAAUUAAAGUGGCUGGCAUAAUUGAUUUUGAAGAAAAUGAAAGCUAUGAAAUUGAUAUACAAGCUUCAGAUAAGGGCACUAUUCCCCUUUCUACAGACAAAACUGUGAUAAUAAAGGUAAUUGACCUUAACGAUAAUUCUCCAGAGAUUGAAGUUACAUCAUUUUCCAAAUCGGUUCCUGAGGAUUCCAGGAUUGGAACAACCGUCGCUUUGAUAAGCGUCAAUGAUUUGGAUUCAGGUGCCAAUGGAAAGGUUUCUUGCUAUAUACGUGAGGACGUUCCUUUCGCUAUAUCUCCAUCGUUGCAAGAUAAUAUGUACGCCAUAGUAACCAAAUCACAACUGGACAGAGAAGAAAAGUCUUUUUAUGAACUUACAAUUGUUGCAAAGGACACCGGUGAGCCAUCACUCUCAUCUGAAAAGACAGUAAGUGUGGUUGUGUCAGAUGUGAACGAUAACAGACCACAGUUUUCACUGAGCCCAUAUACUUUCUAUAUUACUGAAAAUAAUGGCUUAACAGCCCCAGUAUUUUCAGUUAGGGCAACUGAUCUUGAUGACAGUGAUAAUGCGCAUAUUUCAUAUCACAUUCCGAGGGACAGUAGUGGAGACAGUACUGGUCUGUUUUUAAAUAUCAACUCUGAGAAUGGAGAUAUUUUGGCGCUAAUAAGUUUCGACUUUGAAACUCUGAAAACGUUCCAGUUCCAAGUUGUCGCCACAGAUUCUGGAACUCUGUCGCUAAGCAGCAACGUCACAGUGAAUGUGUUCAUUCUGGAUCAGAACGACAACGCUCCAGUCAUCCUGUAUCCAGUCAGCUCUAACGGUUCUGCUGAAGGUGUGGAGGAGAUUCCCCGCAAUGUGAAUGCAGGACACUUGGUGACUAAAGUCAGAGCCUAUGACGCUGAUAUAGGAUAUAACGGCUGGUUACUCUUUUCACUGCAGCAAGUUACUGACCACAGUCUCUUUGGUUUGGACCGCUAUACAGGACAGAUCAGAACACUUCGCUCAUUCACAGAGACAGACGAGGCUGAGCAUAAACUGGUCAUACUGGUGAAAGACAAUGGGAACGUUUCACUCUCAGCAACAGCUACUGUGAUUGUCAAACUUGUGGAGCCCAAAGAGGCUUUUGCAGCUUCUGAUGUUAAAAGUGCAGCAAAAAAUGAUGAGGGGGGUGACGUGACUUUUUACCUGAUGAUAACUUUGGGCUCAGUUUCUGUACUUUUUCUAAUCAGUAUUGUUGUGUUGAUUGCAAUGCAGUGCUCCAAAACCACAGACUAUACUUCUAAAUAUCUGCAAGACACAAAUUAUGAUGGGACACUGUGUCACAGUAUCCAGUACAGAUCUGGAGACAAGCGGUACAUGUUAGUUGGACCCAGGAUGAGUAUAGGAUCUACUAUAGUCCCGGGCAGCCAUGCAAAUACUCUGGUGCUCCCUGACAGGAGGAGAGCAUCUGGAGAGGUAAGAAAAUUGCUAUAA